AUGAUAUAUUGUGAUUUAAUUAUUACAUGUUUGUCCUUUGUUAAUUCUGAAUAUGAAUAUGAAUACGUGGGGGGAUUCUACGGAGCCUGUAACGAGGCACUCAUGCGAAUCAAUCUAGUCAACAACGGUCCGAUGGCUGUCGCCUUCGAAGUCUAUGACGAUUUCUUCAGCUACAAGUCGGGUAUCUACCACCACACAGGCCUCGAGGACAAAUUCAAUCCAUUUGAAAUCACCAACCAUGCUGUGCUACUUGUGGGAUACGGAACGGAUUCAAGCAACCCGGAAAACCCCCAGGAUUACUGGAUUUUGAAGAAUUCAUGGGGCGAGAGCUGGGGUGAGGGCGGUUAUUUCCGCAUCCGACGUGGAAACGACGAAUGCACCAUCGAGAGCAUUGCUGUGCAGUCUUUCCCUAUUAUGUAAAUUGGGACCCAUGAUCGUAAAGUGUAUUAAAACUUUUGAAAACCAUCUCUUCAAAUGAUAAUACAACCAAAUGUUAUGAAAUUGUAUAAGUUCAAAGGUUUUGCAUGCUGGUAUUCCAAAAGGGUAUUGUUUAUAAAAGUUCGAAAGAUCCUAAAAAAUUAUAACAUUCGCUACGUUAAUGACUUUUGAGCCAAGAUUAUUGUCUAGUCGUUAGCUAAAAAAAUUUUUUUCUAACUGUAACAUUCCAUAAGUGUAUGGGCCUAUUUAAUGCCUGACCGCCCAUAUUAAAGCAGGGCCUAUAUUCACAAAGUGUCUUAGCGGUAGUUAAAAACAUGUAGAAAUGUCUUUAUAAUGAAUACAUUCCUGAAGCUUUCCAUGUUUCUUACAUAUAAUGAAGCAUAUUUGCAAGUUUUUUUGUUUUAAGUCCUUUUGAAAAAAGGUAAAAAGGUACUAGAAUUCAUAAAUCUGUGACUGUUUUCUCAAAUACUGAUGCACGCAAACCAAGUUCCUCAGCUUUCAAACUUUGAACACUCAACACAAUCAGGAGAUACAACCUUUGUUUGGUCAAGCACAUUGAGCAUAUGACUUUGUGAUUCUUAUACAGAACUUAACCCAUUUAUGCCUAGUGGACUCUCCCAUCCUUCUAAAUUGGAUCAAUUACUUUCCAAAAUUAGGGAUGUCUAGUAUAUUUAUUUCUAUAUUUAGAAUAUUUCUUACAGAAAUUCCUUUAAGCAAACAGCUCAGACCCUGAUGAGACGCCGCAUUAUGCGGCGUCUAAUCAGUGUCUACGCUGUUUGCCAAGGCCUUUUUUCUAGACGCUAGGCAUAAAUGGGUAAAUUUUACAUUUAACAUGUUUCACAAUUGUAACAACCUACAUACAUUUAUUAUUUACAGCCUUUUUUGAUCUUUUUUACUUUUUCAGUGUUUGAAUUGUAUUUGUGUACUAUAUGGUUAUCUAUAUCCAGUGUUAAUUCAAAAGGGCUCAUUGUUAAAAUGUAUAUUUAAAGUAGGAAACAACUCUUGUAAAGACACAAUUCACAUGAUGUGAGAACAGUUUUCAGUGCUAUAUGCUGUUUUGCCAUUAUUUUGCACCAUAGCCCUUGCAAAUAUAUUAUGAAAAACAUGAAAUACUGAAAUGUUAUAAUUGAUGAUUGUACACAGAUGUUUGAGAACUUGCAUAAUUCUUGGUGUACAAGUAAAAAAUACUAUCAAGAAAAA